GAAAGUGUCAAUCCGGGAGUUAAAAGAUUCAAUCAUUCGUUGUUGGAGCUUGUUGAAAUUAUAGUUAAAGCAAUAGUUGGAGUUUUAAAAGUUAUUGUCGUUUUGAAAAAAACUGAUGACUCUAAAGUAACUGAUACAAACAAAAAACACACCUCAAAAGAGCAACAGAACCAAAUGAAAAUUCAAAAAAAAACACUAUUAAAUACCAAAUACAAUGACUUUAGCAAUGACUCUGAUGAUGAUUUCAACAACAUUAAUCCAAAAGAGCAAUAA